AUGCACUUCAACAUCCUCCUCACCUUGUCCACCCUGACAGCUCUGAGCAGCAACGCCGCAGCCCAAUUCCCCCUCAGCGGCAUCAAUGGUCUCAAUGCCCUCGGUGGAUUAGGCGCUUUCAGCCAAACUCCAGGCCCAUCUAGCACGCCCAUCCCCACUCUGGUGAAGAAGCCAGCCACGCCCCUCGCAUUCCCAUUCCCCUCUCAGACACCUAGCUUGUCCACCCCCGUGCCGAAAGCUAGCGCUAGCUCUGGAUUAAAGGAUAGCUUGCCGCUGGGUAGCUUGUUUGGGGCUCUUUAG